AUGCAAAGAACCAAUAGACCUAGUCGCGAAAAUCCUUCGGAUAAACCCUCACCUCCGAUGCCUAUUGACAUUCAGAUAGGACUCCAAAGAGGGUCAACGGCCGCAUUAGAAAUGACCCCCGAGCGUCUACAAGCCACCAAGCAAGGUCCAUCUUUGAGUACAACCGAAAGGAUUGAGGAGUUAACGAAAGAAAACGGUUUGUUGAGAUUGGAAAUACGGUACUAUCAGCGGAUGAGAAACGCAAUGCAAGAACUGAUCGACGAUACAAAAUUUGUAACUGAAAGAUUGAAUGGUACAGUCAAACGAUUUACCAAAGUUCAGAGAGAAGCCGAGAAUGAUUGGCACAGUGCACAUAGCUAG